CGUAUGUGCUGUGAGUGGUGCGUUCCAAGGCCCCGGUUAGUGAGUGGGAGCUUGGCACCAGGGCCCGGGUAGUCCUCCUGUGCCACCUGCUGGCACGUAUAGGCCAGGAGGGAUCGGGAGGUGCGAUCGGGGCCCGGAAGGGAGCGCUUGGCCCUGGCGGCAGGGGCCGUUGAUGGUAGUGGAGAGAGAGCCCUGCUCCGGUGUAUCAUGCUGUGAAUGAAUUGUGCCAAUUGAUAGGAUGAAUGAGUUAAAGGAUUGCCCGCUGCAGUUCCAUGAGUUCAAAUCUGUGGAUCACGUCAAGCUUUGCCCCAGGUACACCGCGGUGCUGUCCCGCUCCGAGGACGAUGGCAUCGGCAUUGAAGAGCUGGACACCCUUCAGCUGGAACUGGAAACACUCCUGUCCUCAGCAAGUCGGCGACUACGUGUGCUGGAAGCGGAGACACAGAUCCUGACAGAUUGGCAGGACAAGAAGGGAGACCGGAGGUUUCUGAAGCUCGGAGGAAAGGAACACGAACCCGGCACGCCCGUCAAACACAAACCCAAGAAGCCAAAGCUCGAAGGAAAGGGAAGUCAUGCAUCGGGGCAAGGCCCAGGAAGACCCAAGUCCAAGAACGUACAGCCAAAGAUCCAGGAAUACGAAUUCAACGACGACCCAGUGGACGUACCCAGGAUUCCCAAAAAUGACGCCCCAAAUAGGUUUUGGGCUUCGGUGGAACCGUAUUGUGCUGACAUAACUACAGAAGAGAUCAAAGUGCUAGAAGACCUCCUGAAGACUCCAGAGGAUGAGGCGGACUACUACAAAAUCCCCCCUCUGGGGAAGCACUAUUCCCAGCGAUGGGCCCAGGAGGAUCUGCAGGAGGAGCAGAAAGAUGGAGCCAGAGCUUCCAUGGCUGCAGAAAAAAAAAAGGGGGCCCUGGGGCCACUGACUGAACUGGACUCCAAAGAUGUUGACUCGCUGCUGAAGAAAUCUGAAUCCCAGCAUGACCAGCCAGAGGACGGCUGCCCGUUCGGUCAUUUGACGCAGCGUCUGUUGCAGGCUCUUGUCGAGGAAAAUAUCAUUUCGCCAAUUGAAGAUUCCCCAAUUCCCGAGAAGGAAUCGGGUACGGAUGGAGCCAGCACCUCCCCGCGAAGUCAAAUGAAACCUUUUAGUGCUCCACAUACCAAGUCUUUGGAGAUCCGGAUCAAAGAGGAGUUAAUAGCCCAGGGCCUGCUGGAGUCUGAGGAUCGGCCGGCUGAGGAUUCGGAAGACGAAGUGUUGGCAGAGCUAAGGAAGAGGCAAGCCGAGCUGAAGGCCCUCAGCGCCCACAACCGGGCUAAGAAAUUGGAGCUGCUGAGGUUAGCAAAGGAGGAGAUGAACAAGCAAGAGCUGAGGCAAAGGGUGCGCAUGGCCGACAACGAAGUCAUGGAAGCCUUCCGAAAAAUAAUGGCGGCCCGGCAGAAGAAGAGAACCCCGACCAAGAAGGAGAAGGACCAGGCUUGGAAAGCUCUGAAGGAAAGGGAGAGCAUCUUAAAACUGCUCGACGGAUGAACCCGUGUCAAUGAAAGGACUCCAUUUUGUCAGUGCGGCGUCUUAGGUCGUUUUAGGCCUAACCCGCUCCUAUGUGUCCC